CUCCGAGGAAGUGCCCUCGCCGGAGCAGUAGGCUACCACGGAUCUGCUGGCCGCCCCCCCUCCUUAGGAAACACUGGCCAGAGGAGAGGCUCCGCCGCAUCGGCUGUAGUUCUUCUCGUCGUUUAUUCGUCUGGUUUGGGUGAACUGCUGCCGCCAUGGCCGACGAAGGCAUGGAUGAACGGUCCCCGCUGCUAUCAGCACCGAACUCCGGGAAUGUCACACCGUCAGGACCGCCUUCGUACCUGCAGGACACGAGCCCGAGAGCUGAACUACCCCCCCCCUACACAGCCAUCGCCAGUCCCGACCCAGGGGGGGUACCCGUCAUCAACUGCCGGGUGUGCCAGUCCCUCAUUAACCUGGAUGGCAAGCUUCAUCAGCACGUGGUGAAGUGUACUGUGUGCAACGAGGCCACGCCCAUCAAAAACCCACCGACUGGGAAGAAGUAUGUACGGUGUCCCUGUAACUGUCUCCUCAUCUGCAAAGACUCAUCUAGGAGGAUAGGAUGCCCCAGACCCAACUGCAGACGCAUCAUCAACCUGAGCCCUGUGAUGUUGAUUCCAGAGGAGCAGCCGGCCCAGCCAGCCCUGCCAGUCCAGCCUGAGGGCACGAGGGUGGUCUGUGGCCACUGUGGAAACGCCUUCCUCUGGAUGGAGCUCCGAUUUAACACGCUCGCAAAAUGCCCUCACUGCAAAAAAAUAUCGUCUGUGGGUAGUGCUCUUCCAAGGAGGCGUUGUUGUGCCUACAUCACUGUGGGAAUGAUCUGCAUCUUUAUCGGAGUGGGAUUAACAGUGGGGACUCAGGACUUUGCCAGUCGUUACCAUGCCACCUAUGUGUCCUGGGCGUUCUCCUACCUCCUGGGUCUGAUCUGUCUGAUACGAGCUUGUUACUGGGGCGCCAUCAAAGUCAGCUAUCCAGAGAACAGCUUUUCCUAGACAGACAGACAGACCGUUGUAAAUCUCCCUUUAAGUUGUUCACAUUGUUGUUAUUCUGAUUCUGCUCCAAGGUCAGUCCGGUCACUCCUGGUCCAAGAGAAAACAGAAAUCCAGCCCUGGUUUUGCAAUUAACUCAAUAAAUCUUUUAAUAUAUUAAGAUCAGUAAUUAAGAUAUUAAUUGGUUCGAUAAAUCAUAAAGUGUGAUUUAAAGUAAUUGAUAUUGAAAUGAAGAAACUUGACUUUGGUAAAUAUGCUGAUUACAAAGAAAGCCAGGUGGCUGGAUUUGGUCUCCUGGACCAUGGCCCAGGUACUGACUGACUGACUGGUUGAUGGACAUGUUACACAUUUUACGUACUACAUUUUGUUACCAACCAAAUGAGAAGGAUAACUUUUAUUAAGAAAAAUGUUGCCCAUUGCACUACAAUUAUAUGCAAUGAUUCUGUUCAGUUGCUGCUAGUUACCCCAGCUCCAAAAGCUGUCUCUCCUCUCUCUCUCUCUCCAUACUGUAUGUAACCCUAGUAACGCCCAGCCGGUAUAAUACUCUGAAAUGAUCCCCCUUUUAACAUCUUCCUCCUUAAAACCCGUGUGUGCCAACAUUGCUGCCCAAGUACGUUUCACUAUGCUUUACCUCCACUACCGAACUACUUAUCUACUGUGUUUGAAUUGCCUUCUCGUCAUUGGUGGCAGAAUGAGAUGCAUUUUUAAACACACCACUUGAUGGGAAAUCCAGUUCGCAUGUUAUUGUCCGUUUUCUAACCGACUCCAGGGUUGUAUAGUUUAUCUGAUUCGGAAAGGAAAGGUACUGUCGAUGUUUUGAUCUCCCACCUGUGCUACUAGAAUGUAACCUACUUCCUGCUUACUACCUGAUUUAGUUUCCUGUAGCCAGUGAAACUCAGCCAGCUGGUGUUGCAGUCGAUGAGAAAUCCUGUUGAGGAAAAAAAAUGGGCACAAUCUCUUAACUAAUGUUGUUCUGAUGAUGAAACAGUGUUACGUAGUUUAAUUCAGCAAUGUUGAAACUGUUUUGAAUCAGAUGAAAUGGGUCUUUUUAAAAAUAUAUAUAAUUUAUCAAUAAAAUGAACGGAUGUGA